CCCCGAGAGAAUAAAAACAAAUGUUGUUCUUUAAAACCGAAGCUUGACCGAGUUAAAAAAAAAAACCAAGAUCCCGAGAUGAGCCGCGACGACGGAGACAAGCCUUCUCCGACACCAGGGAAUCUAGGCGACGAGCAAUUAGCAGAGCUCCGAGAGAUUUUCCGAUCAUUUGACCAGAACCAAGACGGAAGUUUAACGGAGCUAGAGUUAGCCGCGCUUCUCAGAUCUCUCGGUCUAAAGCCGAGUCAAGACCAGCUCGACACUCUGAUCCACAAAGCAGACCGUAACAACAACGGAAUCAUCGAGUUCUCCGAGUUCAUCGCGCUCGUGGAGCCGGAUCGUGUCAAGUGUCCUUACACGGAGGACCAGCUCAAAGCCAUCUUCAAGAUGUUCGACCGCGACGGGAACGGUUACAUAACGGCGGCGGAGCUAGCGCACUCGAUGGCGAAGCUAGGUCACGCUUUGACGGCGAAGGAGUUGACCGGGAUGAUCAAGGAAGCGGAUCGAGAUGGUGAUGGAUGUAUUGAUUUUCAAGAGUUUGUUCAAGCGAUUACUUCUGCAGCGUUUGAUAAUGCUUGGGGAUGAAGGAAGGUUUAAUAAAUUUGGAUUUUUUUUUUUUUUGAGAUUGUUUCUUUUGUUUCUAGAAGAUUUGUUUGAUCAUCUUCUUCUUCUUGCAUAUUCUGAUUUCAAAGUGUUUUGCGUAGUUGUUGUUGUGAGAGAUACUGUUUCAUAUGUUCUCUUUGGUGAAAAUUUGAUAGCUUGAAGAGAAAGUUACAUUAUAUUGUUAGGGCAAAAUCCUACUUAUUAAUUAGAUUUGUGUGAGUCU